AUGAGCCCCAGGCAGGCCUUGGGCAGGGAGGAGACUCCUCACAUGAUUCGGCGUAAUCCUCCCUCUCCCUUCCGAGCUGCCUGCUACAGACAGAGCGCAACAGAAAUGCAGAGGAAUCGGGGCCCAUUGUGGGCCAGAAGGGCCCUGCUGUUCAGCAUCAUUGGGGCCAUGGGACACCUGCCUUCCCCGGGUACCUCCCUGCCCCAGCGUCUCCCGAGGGCCACAGGAAAUAGCACCCAAUGUGUUAUUUCUCCAUCAUCUGAGUUUCCCGAAGGGUUUUUCACGAAACAGGAGCGAGCAGACGGAGGCAUCAUAAUCUACUUCCUGAUCAUCCUUUACAUGUUCAUGGCCGUGUCUAUUGUCUGUGACGACUACUUCCUGCCCUCCCUGGAGAUCAUCAGUGAAUCCCUUGGAUUAUCUCAGGAUGUUGCAGGUGCAACUUUCAUGGCGGCAGGCAGCUCAGCGCCUGAAUUAGUUACCGCUUUCCUAGGUAUAUUUAUCACAAAGGGAGACAUCGGCAUUAGCACUAUUCUUGGAUCUGCAAUUUAUAAUCUCCUUGGCAUCUGUGCAGCCUGUGGCCUGCUUUCUAAUGUGGCCGCGCCACUGUCCUGCUGGCCCCUCUUCAGAGACUGUGCAGCGUACGCCAUGAGUGCAGCAGCAGUUUUUGGCGUGAUAUUUGACAACCAAGUGUACUGGUAUGAAGGAAGUUUACUGCUUUUGAUAUAUGGACUCUAUGUCUUGGUGCUGUGUUUUGACAUUAAAAUCCAGCAAUGCAUUCUAAGGAAAUGCAGUCCUUGCUCCACAUGUCUUGCCAAAGCAAUGGAGGUGAGAGGCGAGCAGGUACUGAUGGAAUGGGAAGAUGAGGGUCAACCAUUCAUUCGCCGGCAGUCAAGAACCGACAGUGGGAUAUUUCAUGAGGACUCUGGUUACUCCCAGCUCUCUCUAAGUUUACAUGGCCUCAGUGGAGUUUCUGAAGAUCCACCAAGUGUUUUCCACAUGCCUGAAGCGGACUUUAAAAGAAUUUUUUGGGUAUUAUCCCUCCCUAUCAUCACAUUACUUUUUCUAACAACACCAGAUUGUCGAAGAAAGUUUUGGAAAAACUACUACGUGAUAACCUUUUUCAUGUCUGCACUAUGGAUAUGUGCAUUUACCUAUGUCCUGGUUUGGAUGGUCACUGUAACUGGGGAAACACUUCAGAUCCCAGACACCGUGAUGGGCCUCACACUCUUAGCGGUGGGAACCAGCAUUCCAGACACUGUGGCAAGUGUGCUGGUGGCAAGAAAAGGGAAAGGAGACAUGGCCAUGUCUAACAUCGUGGGAUCCAAUGUGUUUGAUCUGCUAUGCUUGGGCAUUCCCUGGCUCCUUCAAACUGCAUUUGUAAACACAUCGGCUGCUGUAGGUGUGAACAGCGUAGGACUCACUUACAUAGCUGUCUCCCUCAACAUUUCCAUUGUUUUUCUUUUUCUAGCAGUUCACUUUAAUGGCUGGAAAUUAGACAGAAAGUUGGGAAUAGUCUGCCUAUUACUGUACAUGGGGCUCACUACACUAUCAGUUCUGUAUGAACUUGGGAUUAUUGGAAAUAAUAAAAUAAGGGGCUGUGGAGGUUGA